AUGUCAGUAGAGACAGCGUCCUCCUCUCGAGCUCAAACAGUCAGCGAGACAUUAUCUUCCGCUAUCGAAUUAUUGGAGAAUGAUCAGAAUCUCAAAAAGCAAAUCCGAGAAUCCAUCGAACCGAUUGACGAUCUCUCAAGGUCAGCUACUACGGAAUUAAACAGAUUACAUUCAGCGCCUUUUUCACAACACGCUGAGAUCUGUGAAAAUGCCAUAAACAUCAUAUGCCGUACUCAACCUUUAUGGGUGGACGUAGCUAGGCUGAUACCAGAGAAUGAAUUUUAUCGAUACCAAUUUGCACUUGGUCCAACUAUGCGUAAUCUCACUACAUCAAUCGUACUAGCCAGAUUCAUAUUGCAUGAUGAAUUGACUCCUUCGCAUACUAUAUCUACUAUUCUUGGUAUACAAGAUGACUCGACGAGCGUACUUCAAUUAUCGGCUGAAGAUUACUUGCAAGGUGUGAUAGGAGCUGUCAACGAACUUCCUAGAUUAUCAAUAAAUGCUGUAACCUCCCAGAACUUUGAAUUGCCUAUAAAGAUAUCGAGUUUCGUAAAUGAUAUAUUUGCUAGUUAUUCUUUACUCAACCUUCGAAACGAUGCUCUAAGACGGAAAUUCGAUUCCCUGAAAUACGAUUUGAAGAGAUGCGAGGAUGUGGUUUAUGACUUGACACUGAGAGGGCUGACCAAGCCUAGGGAAUAG